AUGAAAAACAAAGUCUACCUGCUGCUGGACGAGAAGUUAUUUAAACUGAAGGAGCUAUACUUCUGCCUCACUUGUUCAAAAAUAAAAAAUGAAUACAAUCUGAAGCAGGAAAUCGAAUACUACUUUUGCAAUGGCUGCACCCAAAUAUACACAAAAAGCGAGUCGGCAGUUUACUCCUACGAAUGUUUGCGCUGUUUCAAAUGCCCCUGUUGUUUUAGCUGCCUUACCAUCUCGCAGAAAUGGUUGGAUGGGCCAGUUAAGAAGGUAUGCACACUGGAGCCACUGAGCAAAGGGGGAAAGGAGGGUGACCGUUGGGGUAGUAACAAUGAAGUGGCAACUGACCACCCGUGUGAAAAGCUUAACCAAAAUGGUGAGAACCACGUGGAGGGCUCUUCCACCGGCACAAUUUUGUCAAAUAAUAGGAAAAAAUCGAGCGAUGAGAAAAGUUCCUUCGAAGGGAAUAGCGCAUUAGGUACGGAUGACGAGAAUGAGAAACAAGGGGGAAGCAGCAAAGUGGGUAGUGGCAAACUUGGUAGCACCAAACUGGGUAGCGGCAAACUUGGUAGCACCAAACUGGGUAGCAGGUUGUACGCCUUUUUUAAACGGGGAAGGAAUGUGUUCUAUUUCAAGUGCCCCUACUGCUUGUGGUCCUCCAUCAGCUCGGUGCACAACACAAAGUUGGACGAGCUAAUUGGAGACAUGAUAAUAGCGGAAAGGAACUGCGUUUAUAGGCGGUACUUCCAAACGGUCCUAGACGAGCUGUUAAGAAGCAAUGAAGAGCUGAAGGAGAAGAGAAACUUUAAAAGAACAAACCAACAUGCCGCUUUGCAUAAGAUAGGGAAAUUAAAGUCCAUCCACGAGCUGAACAGUUACAUGGAGGCAUUCGGCACCAAGAGGGAGGAUUACUCACUGGGCGGGUUAACCGGAAAAGCAGCAGCAACUGUCGCGGCGCAGGAAGAGGCAGAAAACACGCUCAUAUGUAAGUCUAAAAUGAGGGUGGACAAAAUGCCUCUGACAGAUAUACUAAACGGGAAACAUAUUAAAAAUCGCGAAAUGUGUAGAGACAUUUUUGAGUUAGAAAAUGAACACGUGCAAUAUUUAGAUCCGAUGGAGUAUUCUCCUCAGGGGGGGUUACCAGAGGUAGUGCAUCACUGGGAGGGAGGAAGCGGCCUUGUGGGGGAUGAUCAUCCCAGUGGGGAGAGUCAAACUCGGGGUAUAGGGGAAGCCCCUCCAAAGAAGCAAACCAUAGAGGAGUUAAAAAUACAAGCGAAUACCCCCCUCAUUAUUCACGCAAAGAAUGACCUAUCAAUUGGACACAUACAAGAAUACCCGUAUAAUUAUUACAAAGGCGUUAACACAUUGCAACCCCUGAGAAUGAAAUUAAUAAACAAGAAAUCGAAACGGUGCAGUACGUGUAAGCAGUACAUACUGAAGCUUCAUAACUCGAAUGUAUCUUCAUCCUUUCGACUGGAUAAUAAUGCGAUGAAAUUUAUCCCCUCAAUAUAUAUUAACGACUUCACAUUAGUGAAGGGGAAAAAUGGAAUUUUAAAUUUCGUUUUAGUAAACCCACUCGACUCAGAAAUGAACAUCAAAGUAGUCCCAGACGUGGAACAUAAUUUUGUAAAAAAUCUGAAUGGAUGUAAAAUACCGAUGAAUUGCAAAUCGAGAGCGGCUUCCUUUGAGUUUACGAUGGACACUUACGACGAGAUUAUAGAUGAACUGAUAAAUGAAGAAAAAAAUGACAUCAAAAAUGUUCUCACACGGGAUUAUACUAUUGUAAAAAAGCAGAAUAACCUGGCCUUAAUAAUUAUCAGUUUUAUUUACGCAGAAGAGGGGGAUACAGACAUCAUCUUAGCGGCUGAUCAGGGGAGGAAACUAAAUUUCCCGCUAACUUUGGAGUGUUCCUUUUCUGACAAAUCGAAGAAGGCACACAAAUUGAAGCUAAAUCUGCUCUUCACCAAUAACAUUAGUUUGCAUCCCUUUCGCCAUUAUGCACUGCGCGACUGCGAUUAGGGGGGUUGGCGGCACUCACGAUGUGGUCAUCACGAAUUGGAGCGCCCAUCAAUUCGAGGUUGGUCAUCACCCGUUGGGAAUUCCCUCCCUUUUGCCACCCCUUACGUUUAUAAGUCCCCACAUUUUUAUCUCUCCCCUGCGUUAGGAGGCGCUCGAUGGGCAAAUUUUUUAUGCCACCUGCAGCAGAUGGCCCGUCUCAUUCGCCUACUCGAUAGUGUGCCCCCAGUUUUGGGAACUCUUCACAUGGAAAGGACAUUUCGUGCAUGUGCUGCAGCAAGUUGGCUGCUUUUCGCGUUUGUU